GCCCGCCCCUUCGCAGAGAGGCUCCGCCCUCCAGCAGCACUUUUAAGCCCGAGCCCCGGCUGAGCUCCGGCAUCCCAGCACCGGCAGCCAGCGGACGAGCUUACCGGAGGCAUCCUCGGCAGAAAGGCAGGGGUUUUCUUGCUUGCUGAAAGGGAAAUAAAAUGACCCUGAGACAGAGUCUUCUCUUCCUUCUCCUGGCAGGAGCCAUCGGUGUGCUUCAGUGCCAGGUACAUGUGGUACGCAUUUUCCAAAGUAGCCGAGAAAAUCAACUAAGAGGCAAAUGCAGAGACCCAUACACCAAACAGACCUACAAUCAGAAGGAAAGUUGGCUCCGCCGGGUCAAAGAGAGAAAGGAAUACUGUCGGUGUGAGAACAGUCGCAUCUUCUGCCAUGCAGUACCUGUCAUAGCCUGCAUGAAGCCACUUUGCCUCCACGGGGCCAUCUGCCAGAAAGCCUUGUAUUCCCCCAACCUUUUCAUUUGCCUCUGCCCACCGGGCUUCUCCGGGAAGUUCUGUGAAAUUGAUACCAGAGCUGUGUGUUACCAGGAUACAGGGGACACAUACAGGGGGACAUGGAGCACAACGGAGAGUGGUGCAGAAUGUCUGAACUGGAAGACCAAAGCUUUCCACUUUAACCGCUUCCACGUGCAUCGUCCAAACGCCUUGCACUUGGGGCUUGGUGAUCACAAUUAUUGCCGAAAUCCAGAUAAAAAAUCAAAACCCUGGUGCCGUGUUCUUAAAAACAAUGGGUACGCCUGGGAAUUUUGCAGCAUUAAGUCCUGCGCCAACGAAAAAGAUUCCUGUGUUUUGGGAAGAGGCACCGACUAUCGGGGCAGCCAUCACCAAACAGCAUCUGGGGUGACGUGUCUGAGAUGGGACUCCCACAUCCUUGACAAGAAAGUUUACAACGCCUUCCAUCCCGAUGCCCAUCAUCUAGGCCUCAGCAGCCACAACUACUGCAGGAAUCCUGACAAUGACACUCGGCCGUGGUGCCAUAUAUUCAAGAACGGAGUGACAAGAUGGGAACACUGUGAGGUGCCAGCCUGCUCCACUUGUGGGCUGAGGAAGCAUAGGGUGGCUGAGAUCCCGAUCAAAGGAGGUGCAUAUUCGUAUAUUGAGUCCCACCCGUGGCAGGCGGCCAUUUUUAUGAAGAACCGAGGUAGAGAAGGUUUUCAGUGUGGUGGGAUCCUCAUCAAUUCUUGCUGGAUCCUCUCAGCUGCUCACUGCUUUUCAAAGAGCACUGUCCUCCAAAGCCUCAAAGUUGUCCUGGGCCGGACGACCCGUGUGAAACCAUCCAUCACAGAGCAGAUCUUCCAAGUGGAGAGGUACAUUAUGCAUGAGAAGUACAACGCCGCCACUUAUGACAAUGACAUUGCCCUGCUGAAGUUGAAACACCGUUUCGGAAACUGUGCCGCAGAAACUGACAGUGUCCGUCCCGUUUGUCUCCCAAAAGCUGGACUCAAGCUGCCUGACUGGACGGAAUGUGAGGUGUCUGGAUACGGCAAGCACGAAAGCAGUUCGCCUUUCUUCUCAGAAUUUCUGAAGGAAGGACAUGUGAGGCUGUAUCCAGACAGCUUAUGUACUUCUGCACGACUUGCAAACAAGACCGUCACCGAGAAUAUGCUGUGUGCAGGAGACACCCGACAGCUUAAUGACGCCUGCCAGGGUGAUUCCGGAGGCCCCCUGGUUUGUCUGAACGAUGGACGCAUGAAGUUAAUCGGUAUCAUCAGCUGGGGUGUAGGUUGUGGCACGAAAAACACGCCAGGGGUUUACACCCGAGUGAGUCGCUACCUGAAAUGGAUCCAGGAGAACAUGCGUAACUGAGUCUUUCAGGGCUUCCUUUCAGGAACUCCUUGCAUCAGGGAAUCACACUCUAGGAACUGGGCCGGGAAGCCGGUGUUACUCAUGGGGAGGACACACACUUUGUGCGGUGCCUCUCUCCUGCAACAACGAGUUUGAGGUCUGUGCAGCUGUGCUUAGGAACCGGGCUAAAACAAUAGUAUUCUUUUUUUCAAGAAGCAUUUCUAGGCAUGCCUAAGACUGGAUGCUUACAGGUAAUCCUCGUCUUAGGAACUGCAACGGAGCCCAGAAUUUCUGUUGCUAAGCGAGAUAGUUGAGUUUUGCUCCUUUCUGGCCACGGUUGUUAAAUGAAUCUCUGCAGUUGUUAAGUUAGUAACCCAGUGGUUAAGUGAAUCUGGCUUCCUCCUUGAUUCUGCUUGUCAGAAGGUUGAAAAAGCGGAUCAUGUGACCCCAGGAUACGGCAACCAUCGUGAAUACACGCCACCAAAUUUUGAUCACAUGACCAUGGGGAUACUGCAAUGAUCAGGUGAAAAACAGUCAUAAGUCACUUUUUUCAGUGCUGUUGUAACUUCGGUCACUAAACUAAUUGUUGUAAGUUGAGGACUACUUGUAUUUGCUACAACCACGUCUGAGCGUUGCUUCUGCCUCCAGUCUUGUUGAAACGUAAUGAUUUGAAAGACUCUGAGUAGAUGGGACCUGGCCUGGCCUUGGGCAUCCUCAAAUCUGCGUCCCCUAGUUGAUUUUUUUUUGGGGGGGGGGGGAAAUCCUCUUUCUAUAAAUUAAGGUUUGCAUUUCAAGGUGUUUUCUACAAAACUGAAGAAAUCCUUGUGAGGAAACCAAAUCAGAAAAUUAAUUGCUAAAGUUUUUUUUUUAUACAUUUAAAGGAAGAAUUGGUGAUUGCUUUGAGCACCUCUCUCCCCAUAAAACUUUUUUAUAUUUUUAUACUCUGUAAAAUUUUCACAUUUUCUGUAUAAAAUCAAAACCCCAUUUCCCGAUGUGCAGAGUGACGGAAGGGUUUUCUGCUAUCAAGACGACUAUUGGGAAUCAUCUCCAGUAUGUUUUAAUACAUUAAACUAUUUUAAAUUA